UCGUCGGCGCCCUCAAGCCCCCCGCAUUCGAACCGCACAGGUUGACCCCAACGACUGUUCAUCGACUUCGGGAAAGUUCGUGGCCAUCAAAGUGCGAGUUUCCCUCGUUCUCAGUUCCAACUCUGCCCCGCCGGGUUAUUGUACUUCGGAAAGAGGGCAGAGGAACGAAGAAGAGGGAGGUCCUCGGUGGGCGAAGAGCAGGGACGGCCCCGGUAUUGAGAAGCGUACGGGAAGGGGAACGGUGAGGAAAGGGAUGUUACCGUUCUUCCUCCUCGCUCUCCUCCCAUUACUUUCGGCGGCAUGUGCUCUUGUGUCGGGGUUCAUAGGCGAUGACCUGUCUGCCGCAAGAGGUGGCGGCUUGGCAUUUUGUCUCCAACCCGAACUCCCUCGACAUGGACGCUCGGAAGCCGUGGUGGGAAAGGACUCAUCCACCGUGGGGCCGAGGAGACAGGAGAAGACCGCUAUUACGAUGCUGACGACGACGCGAACCUUCGGCGCUGGAAGCAUGUGGCCGGCCACCUCCGCAUCCGGCGGAAUUGGAAGCGGCGCUUCACGCAAUGAUCGGGCCAGCCCUGGUCGCCGCCGGCCCCGCGCUCGCACGAGCGGCUCAUCGUCGGCCAACUCCGACUCAGCUCUCCAUGCAAUGGCUAUCCCAGCGCGCUGCGCGCUACCGUCUGUCGAUCUCUUGCGCCAGGCUUACGGCCCCAGGCGUCACUUCUGGGGCGAUUUGACUCCGGCGGAAACAAGGAGGUUCUACCACGAACUGCUUCCCGUGAGCGUUUACGUGGACGCAGUCGGUGCGAAGGCCAUAUGUGAUGGAAAUGAGAGACCAUUGGGCGGUGGCAUGAGCGGGGGUGGCUUGGCUACGGUGGUCGACGUCGCAAAUAGGCAACAAGGCGGGCAUUGGGAAUAUUUUUUCGGAGCCGCGGAGACUCUGGAGGAGCGGGCUCGCCUUGCGUCGAUGGCAAGGCAUGCGGCAAGACUUUACGUGCGCGAGCGCUGCAAGCUUCCAUCUCGCGUCGUGGCGCAUUUGUAUGACGGGCUUCGGCACUUGAAGAGGCAUGGAAGUUUCAGGGUGACGGGGGAAACAUGGCCGGAAUUGUGGGACAAGUACGAGAGGAAAAUCCGUUCCGAGGACCCGUCGCUAGAGGGUGAAGAUCUCAAGACCGCAAUUUGCUUGCGCAUCCUGGAGAAGUCGUGUUCCACGAGCGAGAUGUUCAACAAUCUCUCCGGAUGCAGCGACCUCAACUCCUUCUUGCCAGACACGUUAACAGAGACCGCUCCAGCACAGCACCAAGAAGCGUUUGCAGCCGAGAGCGCCGCAGCUUGCGCGGGGGCUCUCCGUUUGAUUCCGCUGAUGCAACCGUUCAGGCGGGCGAAGAUGCAGGGCGAAGGGGCCGUGGUGGUACAAAAGAGGGCUAAGCGGCACACGCGCAGACGAAAAAUCCUCGCCGGACGUCGAAGGCGCAUUCGCAGCAGUAACCGCCCUCGCACCUUGUAAUGCGUACAAUUUUUAGCCAUAUCUGGAUAGAGUCACCUGGCCGGAACGUCCCGGUGAGAAGGGUUUGAAAAUUGCGCCGCGCGGGGCUUUGAAUCAGAUUGACUUGUUCCCCCGUUCGAUGGCGGACGGGGCCACGGUCAGUCAUUGUCUGUAGUUGCUUUCGAAAGGUCCUCUUGUGUAAUUAUUUGUUCUCUGAUUGCUGCUUUGCGCGCCUACAUUGCUCACGUGGUGUUGAGACUGCUGCACAGCACAAGAGUCGAUAGGAGUCGCCUGUGAGCUUGGAAUAUUUGAUGUAUAGAGCUUUUUUUUUGUUUGGCUUGAAACAGAUGGAGGAGGUUUCCAAGCCCCCAUCUUACAGGAGUUUUAUUCCGUGUGAUUCGUUUGGUCCACUCGAAGUUGCUUCGUCGCGCGGUGGCUGGGUGGAUGGGGGGGUUGGUGCCGUCAUGUUGGGGUGCGCUAACAGUAGUGCCCACUCGGAAAGACUUGGUUGAUGAUCAUGAUCCAAGAUAGAUGUUAAAGUUGCCGUUGGUACAGAACAGCACGAUAUAUCAGCGGCUAUGAGGAGUGAAGGUGUGUGUGGGUUGUAGCUGGCGUUGAUCG